AGCCGUCGCCAUGUUGAGCCAUGUGGAGGCAUGAGAUAUGCUCUGAAUUUCGAAUUUAGCACCUUUAAUAUACCGAAGACACACAGGUUGGCUGUCUUGCAGGAAGGCGGACUUCACAAACACUGAGACUGCGCUGACAGUCUCUUUCUGCAUAUGGGCCAAUCACAAUUAAGCAUUGUUCAGCAUCCAAUAAGGAUAUUUGUUAUCAUCUCAUAGUUCUAACAUUGCUGUUAAACAAGUCUUACCAAUAUAUUCUAUGCUAAUAUUACAUCUUCCUCUCUUUAAAGAAAAUAACCAUUGUGUAUAUUACUGAUUACAGUAUUGUAUGUUAUCAGUGUGGUGUUAAUAACCAUAACUAAUUUAUAUUAUAAUCACAUACAGCCAAAACCAAAACUCAGUAAUAAUGCAUACUUUAACAUAACCAUUGCAAAUGUGUUUCUCAACUAUCACUUAGCUUGAUUACACACUAUAGUAUAUAAAUGCAUACUUUGUAAUGUAACUCAAUAUCAAUCAAUAACAUUGCACAGGUUUCUUUUUUUUGUAUUGCAGCAAUCCUCCUGCACCCUUUUACAUGUUCUUACAAGUCCAACUUCUGGCAUGAAAAUCUCUGUGGCAAACCUCCUUGAACUGAAGCUGCUGGUGGGUGCUGGGUAGGAUUGAUCACAAGCGGUUCAUAAGCAGCUGGGCAGGUGAUUUGAAGCGGUCAACUGGAGUGUUACGAUACUCAAGGCGUCUCAGAAAGAGGUCUCUCUGAUCAGCUCUGGCCUUUUCUAUAAGUGAUUUGGCAAUCUGCACAUAUUUCUCAGCGAGGCCAUUGCUUUGGGGAUAGCGCAGACUGGUGAUUAUAUAGGUAAACUCCCAUGUGUUUGCAAAGUUUUCGAAAUCUCUACAUUUGCACUGAGGGGCGUAACAACAGUCUCUGGUAUGCUGUGUCUGGCAACGGCAUCUUUCAGUUUCUGGAUCACAGCAGAGGCUGUUCUGCUGUGUAGCUUGUCAAGCUAGAAUAACCAGCUUUAUAAGUCGACUGUGACUACACAGUUCACAUUGUUCCAUGUGAACAGAUCAGCAGUGACUGCUUGCCAUGGCCUGUCUGGGAUCUUGUGGCUUAUCAUGGGCUGCUUAGUGUUGGAAGGCCUAUGUUCGAGGCAGGUGGGGCACUUUCCAACCAUCUCCUCAAUCUGUUUGUUCAUCCCGGGCCAAAAUAGGAUGUCACAGGUUCUCCGUUUGCACUUUUCUAUGCCCAUGUGACCUGCAUGUAUUGGGGACAACAUCUCUGCAUGCAGUGAGAUUCCUGUACCAUGUUCAGUUGAACAAGAUGCCUUCUUGACAUUUGCGACAUCAAACAAACCAAACCAACAAAGAAACUGAUGAAAGUAAUUGCAACUGCAACAAGACAAAAUGGCAAGUCUAACUUAUCAGUUGUUGUUGGUUACAGUUGUUCUUGGUGUGGUUCAACUCAUCAGUGGUUACAGCUUCAGAAACUGCAUUGAAGACCCAUACUCAACUGGACAAAGUUUCAAAUGCAUCCGUCGAAAGGAGAAGAACAUGGAUGCUAUUAUAAAUGACCUGCCAUCAUCUGCCAUCAAUCUCACCAUCUCCUUUAGUCCUCUGUGGCACAUUCCCAACAAGAGCUUUGUUAAUUUAUCAAGCCUUCAAGACCUCAGAAUAGAUCAGAAUCACUUGAGGAGAAUCGAUCAAUUUGCUUUCCAAACCUUGACUCGACUCCAGUCUCUAAAUAUGUCCGUCAACAACAUAUCAGAGCUCAACCCUUCUGUGUUUGAAGACCUGCACAACCUCACCUUUCUCUCGCUGAAAAACAAUACAUUAAGUAAGCUUCCAGAGGGCAUUUUCUCCACUCUUCUCAAUCUGGACACUUUAAUCAUGAGUCAAAACUUUCUGACAAACUUUUCAGGGAUUGCUGAGUCUGUGUCAAAUCUAACAAAUCUGAGAAUACUAGAUCUUUGCUUUAACAAGUUGACCUCUCUCACACACAAUGUGUCACUACCCAAAUCCCUCACUACAUUAUAUUUAGGUAGAAAUAAACUGCUUACAUUAGGAUGUAAGCCUUCGUUCCUCGGGUUCAUCAAACUGCUAGAUUUGUCAUACAAUCCUAUGCUCUCUUCGAUGGCUUUUCAAGGAGUGGAUUUGAGGCACAUAAACUAUCUGCGUUUGCGUUCAACAGGUGUCAAGGUAGUGGAGUUUUUAAACAUCAGCAACAUCAAAGCAAAUCACGUAGAUUUCUCUGGCAUGGGUCUAAAAGAUGACAACCUGACCAUGCUAUGCAGAUUGUUAAAGCGAAAGGUGAAAUGGAUUCCAAAAUUACGCCUGGGUAGUAAUGGGAUCAAGAAUCUAACAAGCUCCACACUGUUCGAUUGUCCUAAUAUCACAGGGGAUUUGGAUCUAUCCCACAACAACCUGAAAAGCACAAAUUGUCUUAACUUUCUUGAUAGACAGACGCUAAUAAAAAGCUUCAAUGCAGAGCAUAAUCAUCUCACCUUCCUCCAAUCCUGUAAAACACAAAAUAUGACUUAUCUCACAAAUCUGAAUGAGCUGAGCUAUCGUUACAACCGCAUCCUCUCAGUCAGCUCUUAUGCUUUCUAUCAUACACGAAAUAUUAAGACGCUAAAGCUUAACAUUAACACGAUUGCUUUUCUCGAGCGUGAAGCUUUCAAUGGGCUAGAAAGGCUUGAGACACUCCGUUUGGACAACAAUCUCUUAACCGAUUUGUUCAGUUACACCUUUGAAGAUAAUUUUAACCUGCAAAUCCUAAACCUGCGCAACAAUCGUAUUUCUGUCAUUUUUAAUGGGACCUUCCUCAGUCUCAGGAAUCUUACUACACUGGACCUAGGAGGUAAUAAGAUCACUCAUUUUCAGCCAUCUGGCCUUGAUGGACUAAAAAGUCUGUCCAAAUUCUAUCUAGAUGGAAACAACCUCAAACAGAUUGACACUUCCCUCUAUCGUGUAUUUCAAGACACACUAACAGUGCUGGAUUUACAAAGUAAUCAGAUUCACUUCCUCCAUGAAGAGAUCAGUUCACCAUUUAUGAAUCUCAGCAAACUCAAGGAUCUGAAACUGGAUAGCCAGCGGCCGCAUGGCCUCACUGUUUUACCCCGCACUUUUCUCCGUGGCCUCCACUCACUGGAAUCUCUGUAUCUCACCAACAAUAACAUAUUUUAUCUUGCUCCUGAUGCCUUUGAUGAUCUGACAAGCUUAAAGUUCCUCACAUUGGAUAACUGCUGUGUUGGGGUGACACAACUACAACCAGGAAUCUUUAAAAAUCUAAAAAAAUUGACUAGAUUGAUUGUAGAAAAUAUGGGCAUUCAGAACUUCUCAAAGGAGGUUUUUGGGGAUCUUACACAGUUACGCACACUGCAGCUCAACCGAAAUGUGAUGCAGAGUAUUAUGGUUGAUGCACUUGAAAGCUUACCUAAACUCCACUACCUUGACAUACGUAACACUCCUUUAAGCUGCACCUGCAAGAACAACUUGCUGCAAAACUGGACGGUCCAUAACCCACAAGUCCAAGUUGUCUAUCUCUACAAUCUGCCGUGCCCACACAAUGCAAAACACAACUUCUACAACUUUGACACCAAAGUUUGUUACAUAGAUCUAGGAGAGUACCUAUUCUUUAGCACAGCAGUUGUGAUCUUUCUGUUCACAGUGACUCCUUUACUUUAUGUUAAACUCUACUGGAAAAUGAAGUACAGCUACUAUGUGUUCCGUUCCUGGUUUGGCGAGCAGUGGCGCAGACUCAGAGAAAAGGAGGAAAAUUGUAAAUAUGAUGCAUUUAUUUCCUAUAAUUCCUCCGAUGAACAAUGGGUCAUGGAUCAGUUAAUGCCCAACCUGGAGGGAAAUGGAUCCUCUUUUAAACUUUGUCUACAUCACAGGGACUUUGAGGUGGGGCGCUUUAUUGUGGACAAUAUCGUCUCUGCUGUAUAUAGCAGCCGUAAAACUAUUUGUGUGGUGAGCAGGAAUUUCCUAAGAAGCGAGUGGUGUUCUCUGGAAAUCCAACUAGCCAGCUACCGACUCUUCGAUGAGCACCGGGACGUUCUCCUGCUCGUGUUUCUGGAGCCAAUCUCUGACAGGCACAUGUCAUCCUAUCACCGCAUGAGGAAAAUCAUGUUGAAAAAGACUUAUCUGCAGUGGCCUGGCCCAGACUGCACUAACCCAAACCAGGCCCAAGAGCUUUUCUGGAAUCAGCUACGUAGGGCAAUGAGAAGCGGGAGCAGAAUCGAGACGGAAGAAAAUUACAGUCAAGGUCGUGAAGAAGAAGAUACUGAGACUCACAUAUCAGAUGAAAACUGUUACUUGCUACCUUGAAUAGAUCUGACAAUUUUAUUUGCGGUUGUCAAGACAAACCUCUCAAUAUGUUAAAUGAAUAAUCAAAUUUUCUGCUGCUGGGAGAGGGUCGUGAAAUAUGGUGUAAAUAUGUAGUGUGAUGCAUUGUAAGCCGGGUCUGAAAUUAACUUUUUUCUCUGCCUGCCACUGUGGCAGUCAAGUAUUUUUUUUGUCUGCCACUCAGAAAUUUUAUCUGCCACUUUUGAAAUCUUUGUGCUAAAUGAAGGAAUAACAUUUUAAAUCUGAUGUCAUUCAA